AAGUUUUUCGAGCACCACCACGGUAAAACGGAAAGUCAUUGUUGGUUCCUUUUGUAUGUAGGCAAUUUAGAAGAAAUUCGCACUAUUUAAACAAGCGAGUUCAAUCGAAACGUGUCGAAAACAUUCCUUCAAUCGUGUGCACCGUGUUUGGGUGUAGAAAUCAAAUCAAAUCUAGCUACGCGCACAGCUGCCAGACCAGGCUACAAUGGAUCGUUUGUUGCGACUCGGUGGCGGCAUGCCCGGAAUGAGCCAAGCGCCACCUCCGUCGGAUGCACCGGUUGUGGACACGGCAGAGCAAGUAUAUAUUUCAUCGUUAGCUCUCUUGAAGAUGCUGAAGCACGGUCGUGCAGGUGUACCAAUGGAAGUUAUGGGUUUGAUGCUAGGCGAAUUUGUCGAUGACUAUACCGUGCAAGUGAUUGACGUGUUCGCUAUGCCACAAACUGGAACCGGCGUGUCAGUCGAAGCCGUCGAUCCCGUGUUUCAAGCGAAAAUGUUGGACAUGUUAAAGCAAACCGGUCGUCCGGAAAUGGUAGUAGGAUGGUACCAUUCUCAUCCCGGGUUCGGAUGCUGGUUGUCGGGCGUUGAUAUUAACACGCAGCAAUCGUUCGAAGCACUUUCGGAACGUGCCGUGGCCGUUGUGGUGGAUCCUAUUCAAUCGGUUAAGGGCAAGGUUGUGAUCGAUGCGUUCCGACUAAUCAAUCAUAACACCCUGGUACUGUGCCAGGAGCCACGACAAACGACGUCCAAUUUGGGCCAUCUGCAGAAACCAUCGGUGCAGGCACUGAUCCACGGGUUGAAUCGAAACUACUACUCCAUCAGUAUCAAUUAUCGCAAAAAUGAGCUUGAACAAAAAAUGCUCCUUAAUUUGCAUAAGAAAUCGUGGAUGGAUGGUCUAACGUUGGCCAAUUAUCAGGAACACUGCAGUAUCAACGAAAGCACCAUCAGCGAAAUGUUGGAACUGGCAAAGAACUACAAUAAGGCUUUGGAAGAUGAGGAAAAAAUGACUCCAGAGCAGCUGGCUAUCAAGAACGUUGGCAAGCAGGAUCCUAAACGGCAUUUGGAAGAGAAGGUCGAUACGCUCAUGUCAAACAACAUCGUACAGUGUCUUGGCGCUAUGUUGGAUACGAUUGUGUUUAAAUAAUGUUUAACACGCCGACGGGAAUCGAAGCUCUUUUGUCAACAGCUUCUCAUUCAGCUUAAGUACAGAGAAUCGUGCGAAUCAGGUUACGGUUCGUAAUUGUCCCUUAUUGUAUGAUGCGUUUUGAUCUUGUUUUUUGUGCGGAAAGGCAAUUCGCGAAGCCCUUCCAAUCUACUGACAUAUUUGUGUAAUUAAAGGGAACACAUCAUUGUUUCGGGAAAAACAAA